UUUGAGUUUUCUUUGCUUUGGUUAACUAAGAAAAUUAGAAACUGUCAUGCAAAUACGAUACACGAUGCACGAUCGCCAUAAAUCGACAUCUACUAUCAUCAACCAUUGACUGAGACUGUUUUACUUUUACCCAGCCGUGAAGUUUUCUGGAAAGAGCGCCCAUGGAUCUUUUGCGCAAAUACAUCUGGUUAUUUGUGAUAUUUGGGAUUCUUUUUUCCAGUCUGGUAAUCAUCCUAAUCUUCCUACUUAUCAACAAGUGCAUAUCCAGAGCAGCCAAACACAGACUCACACCGCUUCAAAGAAGAUCUGACUUCAGCGUCCAGAGCAACAAAUACCAGGAGACCUACCUUAAAACCGACAAUCCACCUUUACCUCCACGGACACAGUUUCUUACAGCAGAUGCCCAAAGCUAUGAGAAUCUGGCAGAGGUAUCCGACUGCGAACAGGGCAUCCCCGACUACGAACAGAGCACAGCCGACUACGAACAGAGCACGCCCGACUACGUGCAGCCACAGCCCGAGUACAAACAGAGCACAGCCGACUAUGUGCAGGCAGAGCCCGACUAUGAACAGAGCACAGCCGACUACGUGCAGCCACAGGCCAACAACGAGGAAGACAUGCCUAAUUAUGUGAAAGUGGAUGCUGAGACGACUUUCCCUCUUCCUCCACCAUAUCAAGAUCCAGAUCCAGCAGCAGACAACACCUCCAGUGAGGACUACGAUGACAUUGGAGGUGAAGAUGAUGAAGAGGACUAUGAUGACGUGGCAUAAGACCACGAGAGCAUAGGAUGGAGACAUUUUUGACUUUCUUAUUUGCAUCCUGCUGAGCAGGGAGAUCACAAAGACUUAACUUUAUCACUGUUUUAUUUUGUCUGUUUGUAUUUUU